UGUCGCGCUCGGCUCGGCUCCGGCGGGCGCGCUCCCUCGCUCGGGAACUAUCGGAUUAAACUUGAAUCGAGUGAAAUUACACAAAGGAGCGAAGCGGAGCCGGGACCCGGCGGAGAACCCGAAACUACCCGAGACCCGCGCUGACCUCUUCUUCUCCCUUCCCCACCCUUUCUUUUUUUUCUUUUUUUAUAACCACUCCUUCACCCGCCCGCCCCGGUCAGGGAUCUCCCCCACCCACCCCACCACCCCUCCCCAUCCUCCCCUCUUAGCCCAGCCCUGGUGUGAGCGAGCAACUCCGUGUGUGUGUGUGUGUGUGUGUGCGGAGACCCGCACCCCGCCUCGCCCCCUCCCCAGCCCCCCUCCCCCCCCUUCCCCGACCGGCGGCACCAACUCCGGAGCGUGUCCCCUCCUCCUCCCCGGCCCCUCGGCGGAGGGCAGCGAGGGAGCGAGCGGGGGACACCGGUCCCCGACGGCCCCUCGACGGCCACGCACCGGCCCGGAGCAGUAACCAGACUUUGCCUGACACUGCGUGGUCCAAAAGAAUUAAGGAAAUAUGGAAUGACAUGAAGGAGAUUAGUUGAGGAUUAAAGGCUUUGAGGACAAAACACCUCGCCGAGGUGAAGCACAGACUAGCAUUCUAGUUGUAGCUCCGAGGAGCUGUGUGCUGAAAAAAGAUGGCAGACCCAGGAAUGAUGAGUCUGUUUGGAGAAGAUGGGAAUAUUUUCAGUGAGGGGUUGGAAGGUCUUGGAGAAUGUGGAUAUCCUGAAAACACAGUAAAUCCUAUGGGGCAGCAAAUGCCCAUGGAUCAAGGAUUUCCCUCGUUACAGUCAUCUCUUCAUCAUCCUCCAGCAAAUCAAAAUCAAGCCAAGUUGACCCAUUUUGAUCACUAUAACCAGUACGAGCAGCAGAAGAUGCACCUGAUGGAUCAGCCCAACAGGAUGAUCAGCAGUGCCCCUGGGAAUGGGAUCGCGUCUCCGCAUUCGCAGUACCACAACCCUCCAGUUCCUCAGGUUCCUCAUGGCAGUGGUGCCGGUGGUCAGAUGGGAGUCUAUCCCGGCAUGCAGAAUGAAAGACACGGACAACCCUUCGUAGACAGUGGCUCCAUGUGGGGACCACGGGCAGUUCAAGUGCCAGACCAGAUAAGAGCACCGUACCAGCAGCAACAGCAGCAGCAACCGCAACCGACGCAGCCACCGCAGGCACCCUCUGGACCCCCUGGGCAGGGCCAUCCUCAGCACAUGCAGCAGAUGGGAAACUACAUGGCUCGUGGUGAUUUCUCAAUGCAGCAGCACGGUCAGCCACAACAGCAGAGGAUGAACCAGUUUUCUCAAGGCCAAGAAGGCCUCAAUCAGGGAAACCCUUUCAUUGCCACCUCAGGACCUGGCCACUUGUCUCAUGUGCCCCAGCAGAAUCCCAGUAUGGCACCUUCUUUGCGACAUUCAGUCCAGCAAUUUCACCACCAUCCCCCCACUGCUCUCCAUGGAGAAUCAGUAGCCCACAGUCCCAGAUUCUCCCCUAAUCCUCCCCAGCAGGGUGCUGUUAGGCCACAAACACUUAAUUUUAGUUCUCGGAGCCAGACGGUACCCUCACCUACUAUAAACAACUCAGGGCAGUAUUCUCGAUAUCCUUACAGUAACCUUAAUCAGGGAUUAGUUAAUAAUACAGGGAUGAAUCAGAAUUUAGGCCUUACAAAUAACACUCCAAUGAAUCAAUCUGUACCAAGAUACCCAAAUGCUGUCGGAUUUCCAUCAAACAGUGGUCAAGGACUAAUGCACCAGCAGCCCAUCCACCCUAGUGGCUCACUUAACCAAAUGAACACACAAACUAUGCACCCUUCACAGCCUCAGGGAACUUAUGCCUCUCCACCUCCCAUGUCACCUAUGAAAGCAAUGAGUAAUCCAGCAGGUACACCUCCUCCACAGGUUAGACCUGGGAGUGCUGGAAUGCCAAUGGAAGUUGGCAGUUAUCCAAAUAUUCCCCAUCCUCAGCCGUCACACCAGCCCCCUGGUGCCAUGGGAAUUGGACAAAGGAAUAUGGGCCCCCGAAACAUGCAGCAGAAUCGUCCGUUUAUGGGUAUGUCUUCAGCACCACGGGAGAUGGGUGGGCACAUGAGACCAAAUGGUUGUCCAGGUGUUGGCCUUGCAGACCCACAAGCAAUACAAGAACGACUAAUAUCUGGCCAGCAGCUUCCUAGUCAACAACAGUCUUUUCAACAGCAAAUGCCAACCUGUCCUCCCAUGCAGCCUCAUCCAGGGAUACAUCAUCAAUCUUCACCACCCCCACAUCCUCAUCAUCAGCCUUGGGCACAGCUUCACCAGUCACCACAAAACACACCACAAAAAGUGCCUGUCCUUCAGCAUUCUCCAUCGGAACCCUUUUUAGAGAAACCAGUGCCGGAUAUGACUCAGGUUAGUGGACCGAACGCCCAGCUCGUGAAAGGUGAGGAUUAUCUGCCAGCCAUGGAGCCGCAGCCACAGCAGAAGAAAAAGAAAAAGAAAAACAAUCACAUUGCUGCAGAAGGUCCCAGUAAAGGUUUUGGUAAGGAAGACUUUCCUGGGGGACUUGACAGCCAGAAUCUAAGCAGAAACUCAGUGGAUUGCUCCCAAGAAGAGAAGAAGAAAAAGAAAAAGCCCAAGGCAAAAAAAGAACCGAAGGAUCCUAAAGAACCUAAGGAGAAGAAGGAACCCAAGACCCCCAAAGUCCCUAAGACCCCUAAAGAGCCAAAGGAAAAGAAAGCAAAAAAUACCACGCCAAAACCCAAGACCAGCAAAAAGGCCAGUAACAAGAAAACUGAUUCGGAAACAAGUGCUGCAAAGAAAAAGGUGAACAAGGGAAAGGAAGGCUCUGAAAACUCAGAUUUGGAAAAAACACCACCACCAUCACCUCAUCCUGAAGAUGAAGAUGACCCAGGGGUUCAGAAGCGACGCUCCAGCAGGCAGGUGAAGAGGAAGCGUUACACAGAAGACCUGGAGUUCAAGAUUUCAGAUGAGGAGCCUGAUGAUGCUGAUGCUGCUGGAAGAGACUCUCCUUCGAACACUUCUCAAUCAGAGCAACAGGAAUCAGCUGAUGCUGAAGGUCCUGUUGUGGAGAAGAUCAUGAGCAGCCGUUCAGUCAAGAAAAAGAUGGAGAAUGGAGAGGAGGUAGAAAUAGAGGAGUUCUAUGUAAAGUACAAGAACUUUUCUUACCUUCAUUGCCAGUGGGCAUCUGUGGAAGAGCUGGACAAAGACAAGAGAAUUCAGCAGAAGAUUAAGCGGUUUAAGGCAAAGCAGGGCCAGAACAAAUUCCUUUCAGAAAUUGAUGAUGAGCUUUUUAAUCCAGAUUAUGUGGAAGUGGAUCGAAUCAUGGAUUUUUCACGAAGCACAGAUGACAAUGGAGAGCCUGUAACACAUUAUCUGGUGAAGUGGUGUUCGCUGCCUUAUGAAGACAGCACUUGGGAGCUCAAGCAAGACAUCGACCAGGCGAAGAUCGAAGAAUUUGAGAAACUGAUGUCUAGGGAGCCAGAAAUGGAGCGUGUGGAGCGGCCUCCUGCCGAUGACUGGAAGAAAUCGGAGAGUUCCAGGGAGUAUAAAAACAAUAACAAACUCAGGGAAUACCAGUUGGAGGGAGUAAACUGGCUUCUUUUCAAUUGGUACAACACACGAAACUGCAUUUUAGCAGAUGAAAUGGGGUUGGGAAAGACUAUCCAGUCCAUUACGUUUCUCUAUGAGAUAUAUUUGAAAGGAAUCCAUGGUCCUUUCUUGGUUAUUGCACCGUUGUCCACAAUUCCCAACUGGGAAAGGGAGUUCCGCACCUGGACAGAGUUGAAUGUGGUUGUGUAUCAUGGGAGUCAAGCGAGCCGGCGGACCAUUCAGUUGUAUGAAAUGUAUUUCAAAGAUCCACAGGGUCGUGUGAUAAAAGGGUCCUACAAGUUCCAUGCCAUUAUCACCACGUUUGAAAUGAUCUUGACUGACUGCCCCGAGCUGCGUAACAUUCCAUGGCGUUGCGUGGUCAUCGAUGAGGCCCACAGACUGAAAAACAGGAACUGUAAGCUUCUGGAAGGACUCAAGAUGAUGGACCUGGAACAUAAAGUGCUGCUUACUGGAACCCCUUUGCAAAAUACAGUAGAAGAACUAUUUAGCUUGCUUCACUUCUUGGAACCAGGUCGCUUCCCAUCAGAAACCACAUUCAUGCAAGAAUUUGGUGAUCUGAAAACUGAAGAACAGGUGCAAAAACUCCAAGCUAUUUUGAAGCCGAUGAUGCUGAGACGUCUCAAGGAGGAUGUGGAGAAGAACCUGGCCCCCAAAGAAGAAACCAUCAUUGAAGUUGAGCUGACAAAUAUCCAGAAGAAAUACUAUCGUGCUAUUCUGGAGAAGAAUUUCACCUUUCUUUCCAAGGGUGGGGGUCAGGCAAAUGUACCUAAUCUUCUAAACACUAUGAUGGAGCUAAGAAAAUGCUGCAAUCAUCCAUACCUUAUUAAUGGUGCUGAAGAGAAAAUUUUGGAAGAGUUUAAAGAAACACACAAUGCCGACUCUCCAGAUUUUCAGCUCCAGGCAAUGAUCCAGGCUGCUGGCAAGCUAGUGCUGAUUGACAAGCUGCUGCCAAAACUGAAGGCUGGUGGCCACAGGGUGCUUAUCUUUUCCCAGAUGGUGCGCUGCUUGGACAUACUGGAAGACUACCUCAUUCAAAGACGGUACCCGUACGAGCGAAUUGAUGGCCGAGUGAGAGGCAACUUGCGUCAGGCAGCUAUUGACAGGUUUUCAAGGCCUGAUUCUGAUAGGUUUGUUUUCCUGCUGUGCACAAGGGCAGGAGGUUUGGGCAUUAAUCUUACUGCUGCUGAUACCUGCAUCAUUUUCGAUUCAGACUGGAACCCCCAAAAUGACCUCCAGGCUCAAGCACGGUGCCACAGAAUAGGACAAAGCAAAUCAGUGAAAAUUUACAGGUUGAUAACAAGGAACUCUUAUGAGAGGGAAAUGUUUGACAAAGCCAGCCUGAAGCUUGGCCUUGAUAAAGCUGUGCUGCAGUCUAUGAGUGGAAGAGAAAAUGCCACAAACGGGGUGCAGCAGCUUUCUAAGAAGGAAAUAGAAGAUCUCCUUCGAAAGGGAGCAUAUGGUGCUCUGAUGGAUGAGGAAGACGAAGGGUCCAAGUUCUGUGAAGAGGAUAUUGACCAGAUUCUCUUAAGGCGCACGCACACAAUUACUAUUGAAUCUGAAGGAAAGGGCUCGACGUUUGCCAAGGCUAGUUUUGUUGCAUCUGGGAACAGGACAGACAUUUCCUUGGAUGACCCUAACUUUUGGCAGAAGUGGGCAAAGAAAGCUGAGCUGGAUAUCGAUGCUCUAAACGGAAGGAAUAACCUAGUUAUUGAUACACCAAGAGUAAGAAAGCAAACCAGACUCUACAGUGCAGUCAAAGAGGAUGAACUGAUGGAGUUCUCAGACCUGGAAAGUGAUUCUGAAGAAAAGCCUAGCACAAAGCCCCGCAGGCCUCAGGACAAGUCACAGGGUUAUGCAAGGAGUGAAUGUUUCAGGGUGGAGAAGAACUUGCUGGUUUAUGGCUGGGGUCGGUGGACUGACAUCCUCUCGCACGGGCGCUAUAAACGUCAGCUAACAGAGCAAGAUGUGGAAACCAUCUGCCGGACUAUCCUGGUGUAUUGUCUUAAUCACUACAAAGGGGAUGAAAAUAUCAAAAGUUUCAUCUGGGAUCUGAUCACUCCAACUGCAGAUGGGCAGACUCGAGCUUUGGUUAAUCAUUCCGGUCUGUCUGCACCAGUGCCCAGAGGGAGGAAAGGCAAGAAAGUAAAAGCCCAGAGUUCACAGCCAAUGCUGCAGGACGCCGACUGGCUCACGACCUGUAACCCAGAUGUCUUGUUUCAAGAGGACAGCUACAGGAAACAUCUCAAACAUCACUGUAAUAAGGUCCUGCUGCGUGUCCGCAUGCUCUACUAUCUACGACAAGAAGUUAUAGGGGACCAAGCAGACAAGAUCUUAGAGGGUGCUGACUCAAGUGAAGUAGAUGUAUGGAUACCUGAGCCAUUCCACGCUGAAGUUCCUGCAGACUGGUGGGAUAAGGAGGCGGAUAAAUCCCUUUUAAUUGGAGUAUUCAAACAUGGUUAUGAGAAGUACAACUCCAUGCGAGCUGACCCGGCGCUGUGCUUUCUGGAACGGGUUGGCAUGCCUGACGCUAAGGCCAUCGCCGCUGAGCAGAGAGGGACAGACAUGUUAGCAGAUGGUGGCGAUGGUGGUGAGUUUGACAGAGAGGACGAAGAUCCAGAGUAUAAGCCAACCAGAAUUCCCUUCAAGGAUGAAAUUGAUGAAUUUGCAAACUCACCUCCAGAAGACAAAGAGGAGUCCAUAGAGAUACACCCAAGUAAGACUACAGCAAAGACAUUGAACAAGCACAGCGAAAGCAACUCUGAGUUAGGCCAACUCUACUGGCCCAACACUUCAACCCUGACUACCCGGCUGCGUCGCCUCAUUACUGCCUAUCAGCGCAGCUAUAAAAGGCAACAAAUGAGGCAAGAGGCACUAAUGAAGACUGACCGCAGGAGACGUCGGCCUCGGGAGGAAGUGAGGGCACUGGAGGCAGAAAGGGAAGCCAUAAUAACUGAAAAACGGCAGAAAUGGACAAGAAGAGAAGAAGCUGACUUUUAUCGUGUGGUGUCUACUUUUGGAGUUAUUUUUGAUCCUGUGAAACAUCAGUUUGACUGGAAUCAGUUCAGAGCCUUUGCUAGGCUCGACAAGAAGUCUGAUGAAAGCCUGGAGAAGUAUUUCAAUGGCUUUGUGAACAUGUGUAGGAGAGUGUGCAGGAUGCCAGUCAAACCUGAUGACGAACCUCCUGAUAUCUCCACGCUGAUUGAGCCCAUCACAGAGGAACGUGCUUCUAGGACUCUGUAUCGCAUAGAGCUGCUGCGGAAGAUCCGUGAACAGGUUCUCCAUCACCCGCAGCUGCCUGAGAGGCUAAAGCUUUGCCAGCCAAGCUUAGACCUGCCAGAGUGGUGGGAGUGUGGCAAACAUGACAAAGACUUGCUGAUUGGUGCUGCUAAACAUGGAGUCAGUAGGACAGAUUAUCACAUUCUGAACGAUCCUGAACUCUCUUUUCUCGAAGCUCACAAAAGCUUUGCUCAAAACAGAGGGACGAGUGCUGCAAAUCCUGUCUCUUCAAUAAACCCUCUGGGUGCUGGCUGCAGUCAGACACCACCUAUUGUCCCAUCCACACCAGUACAGGAAGAAAAGACCACAGAACAAACGGAGUCUAAAGCUGAAGGGUCUGAAAACGCAGCAGCCAAAGAAAAGUCUGAUAUCAAAGAGGAGACAGAUACUGCAGAUAAGGACACUAAACAGGACUGUGAUGCUGAGGCUGAGCCUGGCUCUGUUAAAUGUGAAUUGAAGGACAUAGAAGUGAGCACAGACGUAGACCCAAAAUCUAUUUCUGAGAAAGGUUCAGAAGAGGACGAAGAGGAGAAACUGGAUGAUGAUGAUAAAUCAGAAGAAUCCUCCCAACCUGAAGCAGGAGCAGUUUCUCAGGGUAAGAAUUUUGAUGAAGAAAGCAACGCCUCCAUGAGUACCGCCAGGGACGAAACGCGUGAUGGGUUCUACAUGGAGGAUGGGGAUGCCUCUGUGGUUCAGCUGCUGCAUGAGAGAAUGUUUGCCUUCUCCUUCUGGCCUAAGGACCGAGUAAUGAUCAACCGAUUAGACAACAUCUGCGAAGCAGUGCUGAAAGGGAAGUGGCCAGUAAAUAGGCGCCAGAUGUUUGAUUUCCAGGGGCUCAUACCUGGCUAUACUCCAACAGCUGUGGACAGCCCUCUGCAGAAAAGGAGCUUUGCAGAGCUCUCCAUGGUCGCUCAAGCCAGCGUCAGUGGCAGCGAAGAUAUCACCGUUUCUCCUCAGUUGUCUAAGGAAGAUGCACUCAAUUUGUCGGUUCCACGUCAGAGGAGGAGGAGACGAAGAAAGAUUGAGAUUGAGGCUGAGAGAGCUGCCAAGAGGAGAAAUCUGAUGGAAAUGGUUGCCCAGUUACGUGAGUCUCAGGUGGUCUCAGAAAAUGGACAAGAGAAGGUUGUAGAUUUAUCAAAGGCCUCACGAGAGGCAGCAAGUUCUACCUCAAAUUUUUCAUCUGUUACUUCAAAGUUUAUCUUGCCUAAUGUCUCCACACCCGUGUCUGAUGCCUUUAAGACUCAAAUGGAGCUGCUGCAAGCAGGUCUUUCACGCACACCCACAAGGCAUCUCCUAAAUGGCUCUUUAAUAGAUGGAGAACCGCCCAUGAAGAGGAGGAGAGGAAGGAGGAAAAAUGUGGAAGGGCUUGAUCUGUUAUUUAUGAGCAACAAACGGACAUCAUUGACUGUAGAGGAUGCAGAAGUGACCAAAGCUUUUGAAGAAGAUAUGGAAGCCCUACCAGCAAGGAACAUUCCAUCUCCUGGUCAACUGGACCCAGACACUCGCAUCCCUGUAAUCAAUCUAGAGGAUGGGACCAGGCUGGUGGGAGAGGAUGCUCCUAAAAACAAGGAUCUAGUUGAAUGGCUUAAAUUGCAUCCCACUUACACUGUAGAUAUGCCGAGUUACGUACCAAAGAGUGCAGAUGUGCUGUUCUCCCCGUUUCAGAAGCCGAAACAGAAGCGACACAGGUGUCGAAACCCUAACAAACUGGAUAUAAACACCUUGACAGGAGAAGAAAGGGUACCUGUGGUAAAUAAGCGGAAUGGAAAGAAGAUGGGUGGAGCUAUGGCCCCUCCAAUGAAGGACUUGCCAAGAUGGCUGGAAGAAAAUCCUGAAUUUGCUGUUGCUCCAGACUGGACUGACAUUGUUAAACAGUCUGGUUUUGUUCCAGAGUCCAUGUUUGACCGUCUUCUCACUGGGCCUGUUGUGAGGGAGGAAGGAGCAAGCAGAAGAGGAAGAAGGCCAAAAAGUGAAAUUGCCAAAGCAGCUGCAGCAGCUGCUGCUGUAGCAUCAACUUCGGGAAUCAACCCACUACUAAUGAACAGUCUGUUUGCUGGGAUGGACCUGACCAGCCUCCAGAACCUCCAGAACCUGCAGUCCCUCCAGCUCGCAGGCCUGAUGGGCUUCCCGCCAGGGCUGGCAACAGCUGCUGCUGGGGGGGACGCUAAGAACCCGGCUGCCAUGCUGCCUCUGAUGCUGCCGGGCAUGGCAGGGCUGCCCAACGUGUUUGGACUGAGCGGAUUGUUGAAUAACCCAAUCGCGGCGACUACUGGAAAUGCCACUGCUGCUUCCGGCCAGGGGGAGGCUGAGGACGGCGCCUCUAAGGGCGAAGAGAAGAAGAAUGAGAGUGAAGAGGAGAACAAAGACUCCGAGAAAAGCACAGACACUGUUUCUGCUACUGACUCUGCGAAUGGAUCCGUCAGUGCUGCUACUGCGGCGACCACCGCCACUGCCACCACUACCACCACCACCAACACUGGAUUGCCCACAAACCCUCUGGCCUUCAAUCCUUUCCUGCUGUCUACCAUGGCUCCUGGCCUCUUCUAUCCAUCUAUGUUUCUACCUCCAGGACUGGGGGGAUUGACUCUGCCCGGUUUCCCAGCACUAGCAGGACUUCAGAACGCAGUGGGCUCCAACGAAGAGAAGGCUACUGACAAAACUGAAGGAACUGCCUUCAAAGAUGAAGAAACUCUGGAAGGCAGCGACGCAGAGGAGAGCCUUGAUAAAACUGCAGAUUCCUCCGUUUUAGAAGAUGAAAUAGCACAGGGUGAAGAAUUAGACUCACUUGACGGGGGGGAAGAAAUAGAAAACAAUGAGAACGAUGAAUAACCCCAGAACCAGUUACAGUUAAAGUGUUUGAAACUUUUGACAAGUGGUAGUCCUACUGUUUACACUCACAGUUAAAUGUCCAUACUUAGUUUUUAUAAGCUGUUCUGUAACAUAGUGUAGCAACAAAAAAAAAAAAUCGAUUAAAAAAAACACAUAAAAAAAAGAAGACAAAAAAAAAAAAGGACAAAAAAAAGGAAGGACAAAAAAAAAGAAGAAAAAAAAAGAAGGAAAAAAAAAAGAGGGGAAAAGGUUUAAAAAAAAAAAAAGGUUCAAGUCAUGUUAUACAGAUGUGUCAAAAAGGUAUCUUGGUCAUUAAGUAUUGUGCAGUGCAUUAUUUAUUAUCCCUAGGAGAGAUGAAAUUUGAGAGGUGAUCAUGUCUUUUUAAGGAAAUUGACAUAAUGCUCUGCUGGUUUUGGUUCUGUUUCGUUUCUCUCUUUGCUUUCUUUCUUUCCUUUCUUUUGGUACCGUUGGUGUUAUGAAUUUAAGCAGCAGUUUGGUAACCGAGUGGCACUAAUCGAAGGAAAGUGCUGCUUAAAGGAAGGAUGAAGUUAUCUAUUUAAGUUUGUUUGUUUGUUUGUUUCAUUUUUAGUCUUUUUUGUUUGUUUGUUUUCUUUUUUUUUUUUUUUUCUUUUCUUUGCUGUGAAGGUCAAGAUGAAAUUCACCACACACACACACACACACACACACACACACACAUAUCGGACUGGAGCUUCGUUUUGACUGCCCCAGGAGCUCACCCACGCGCGCACACACACACCCCCCCCAUCAUCCACACACACACAGCACACCACACAUUCUCUCUCUGACAAUCUUCAUGAUAGUGUGAAUGUCUCUGUCUCUGAGACACAGCAAUAAUAAGGCAGCUGUUGAAUGUGAAGAGUACCUUUUGGAAUAAAAAAGAUUAACCCCCGGGGAGAAGGUUCUUAACAGGAGAAAGCUACAGUUUAAAAUCGUCUCGUGAUGUUGUAAUGCACUGGUAGAAACAAACAAACAGGAAAAAAAAAAAAAACCAUAACAUAUAAAAAGGAGGAAAGGGAAAAAAAAAAAAAAGGAAAAAAAAAAAGGAAAAAAAAAAUCAAAAGGACAAAAAAAAAAAAAAAUCAGGUACCUUUUUUUUUUUUUUUUAAAUUAAAGGACUUUGUUACUUUAGCCACAAAGCUAAACAGCAUUACCUCAAACUCUAAACUAGCCUUGAAGUUUACAGACAUGACUUUGUAAAUGUGUUUGUUUUGGUUUCUUUUUCUUUGUUGUGAUGUCUCUUUUGCUUUGGAAAAAAAAAAAAAAUCUGGGUUGUUUCUUUUCUGUUUUGGUUUUUUUGUUUUGUUUUGUUUUUUUUUUUUGGG